UUGAUCGCACCUAAUCAGCUGUGGCGAACCUUCUCUAUUGAGGUAAAGAGUUUUUGUUCUUGCGUUUCGGAUUUUAUCCGAAUUCCCAAUUUGGUACAUUCCCGCAUUAAGCCGACAUCAUGGCCGCAUCAAAUCUGCUGACCCAACUGGACGCCAUCGAUCAGAAUGAUCUGGUUUAUGUGGAGCGGGACCUGAACUUUGCCCAAAAGGUGGGUCUCUGCUUCCUACUUUAUGGCGACGAUCACUCUGAUGCCACUUACAUACUGCAAAAACUAUUGCCCAUGACCCGAUCGGAAUUCCCGCAGAGCGAUCUGCUCCUGCAGUAUGCCAAAUCCCGGCCGGAAACUUGGAAACGCCGCCUCGUGGAGGCGCUUUGCAUCAUUGGCGCGCGUCAGGUGCUCCGCAGAUUGGGUCUGCGUUGGCAGGAGCUGCGAGUGCACUAUUUGCCGCAUAUCGGUGGGAUUACACUGCAUGUUCAUCCUCUUCUGAAGAGUCUCUAUAGGAUAUGUGAGCAGUUGUCUUUGGCGCAGAGUGGUCGCUUGGUCUUGGAUGUUGGCGAAAAGGUGGCGCGACAGCAGGCUGGAGAUCCACUCCGUUUUUACGAUCCCAGUUAUCUGGAGAUCUUCCUUCUGGACUGGUUGACAAGGGGAUGUAUCCGGCUGGGGGACAUUAAUGCAACGGGCAGCGAUGUUCAGCUGCUGAUUGAACAUUUAAAAUUCAACGAUUUGCAGGAGCAUGCCAAAUUGUUGAUAGAUACUAUCAAUAGCAAUGCUCCAGAUGAGAGUCAGGUAGUGGUGGAUCCUCCAUUGACCAUCAAGCGGGAGGUGCAAUCGGAUAGCCAGCCCGCCGCAGCAUACUCUCAACGGCGAAAGAAUGCAUUGGAGUUGAGUCGGGAAAAUGCUGGAAUCGCUUUAAUCAUUAACCAGAGGGAGUUUCAUCAGAAAGUCAGCGAAGAUCUUACGAAAUAUCUUUCGCUCAAUAGAUUAAGAGACCGCGUCGGCACGGAUAUAGAUAAAGGGCGACUUACGGAGGUCUUCUCCUCGAUGGGCUACAAAGUGGAGGCGCACAACGAUGUCGAUCACUUGGGUAUUGUGCAGCUCAUCCGCAGUGCCUGCGAUAGAUCCGUGCUGCUGGAUUCACUGGUCGUCUGCAUCCUGAGUCACGGUUUCGAGGAGGCCGUAUACGGAGCGAAUAGCAUCGCACUGCGCAUCACAGACAUCGAAAACGUGCUCUGCAGCUACGAAAACCUUUACAACAAACCCAAGUUCCUGAUCAUUCAGGCCUGCCAGGAGGAGGCUCCCAACAAGGGAGAGCGUAAUGAGCAGGCAUUGCCCUUCAAGCUCAAUGUAACCACACAGUCACCUGGUCAACACGUUAAUAUGGUGCGGGCCAUGUCCACGGUAAAUGGAUUUGCUGCUCUACGGCAUACGCACAACGGCAGCUGGUUCAUUCAGUGUCUCUGUGAUGCCAUCGUUCAGCAUUCAGACAGUGAGCACAUUGCCGAUAUCCUCACGAUUGUCACCAACGACGUGGCCGAAAAGCGGGGAAAAAACGAUGAGUCUAUGGUACCAAAAUUCAACAGUACAUUUCGCCAGCACGUCUACUUACCACCUCGCCAGUAAUCUUUUUGACUUCGAGCAAUGUAAAAUAAUUAUCUACAAACCCCUGUAUAUUUAUACUGCGGUCCAAACCGAAACGAGUUUUUAAAAGUUUUGCAAUACUCUCUUUUUAAGAAGCAUCCUUAAAAUAUGUCAAUAAUAUAUGUUUUUGUAGGGAAAUAUAACAACAGGAACAACUCAUUAAAACUUAAAACAAUUUUAGUAA